UAAUAGUGGACUGUUUGAAAACAUAUGAUUAUUCCAGUCUUUGAAUGUUUUUAUCGGUUUCUGCUCAUCAUACUACUACUACAACAGCAUAUUGUAUUGAUUGAUUAGUGUUAUUUUUUGGGUAGCUGUCGUGGUUGGUGAUGGAGUGAUAUAUUGGUGUUGUGUAACAUUGGAUAAGUGAUUAUAUUUAUUUCAAUUAGCGUGGAAUUUCUUAAAAUGCCUGUUAUUAAAGUAGUUUUACUUGUCGUGGGGUCUUUUAAUCCUCCCACUAUAAUGCACCUUCGCAUGUUAGAAAUUGCAAGAGAUUACCUGGACAGGACUGGGCAAUACAAGGUAAAUAGGAGGAGUAAUGUCUCCUGUGCAUGAUAAGUAUGGGAAGAAAGAUCUCGCCUGCUCGUUGGACCGCUGUGAGAUGCUGCGCCUCGCCCUCAAUAGCUCUAGUUGGAUCCGAAUGAGUGAGUGGGAGAGCCGACAAGACCACUGGACGCGCACCAGACUCGUACUGCAGCAUCAUCAG